AUGGCGCCGAGCAGUAACCAGCCCACGUCGGCCGACAAGGGAAAAGGCAAGGCUGUCGAAAGCCAACCUGGCGAUAACAAGAAGGCCAAAGAUGCUCAGUCUUCAGCUACUGGCAAGAAGGAUGAGGACAAGGUCGAUUCUACGGAGGACUUGAGCGAGGAAGAUCAGCAGCUCAAGAGUGAGCUUGAUAUGCUGGUAGAGCGAUUAACGGAGUCCGAUGCAUCCCUCUACAAGCCGUCCUUGGAGGCCAUGAAGACUUCUAUUAAGACUUCGACAUCCUCGAUGACAGCAGUACCAAAGCCAUUGAAGUUUCUAAGGCCACACUACGAAACCAUGACAAAACUUUAUGACGAGUGGCCAGAGGGAGAAGACAAAUCAUCUCUAGCAGACGUCCUGUCGGUCAUAGGCAUGACCUUCUCGGACGAGGAUCGCCAAGACACCCUAAAGUACCGCUUAUUAUCACCAACACAAGACAUAGGGUCGUGGGGCCACGAAUACGUCCGUCACCUAGCCUUGGAGAUUGGUGAGGUCUACGGAAAACGAGUCACCGCGGAAGAGUCUGUCAAGGACUUGGUAGAUCUUGCAUUGAUUCUCGUGCCGUUGUUCUUGAAGAGCAACGCCGAGGCCGAUGCUGUUGAUCUCAUGAGUGAACUCGAGAUUAUCGAAGACCUCCCCAAAUUUGUCGACGAGAACACCUAUUCUCGUGUCUGUCUAUACCUUAUAAGUAUGGUGAACCUCCUGACAUACCCAGAGAAUGAGCAGUUCCUUCGGACUGCAUUUAUCAUCUACAGCGCCUACAAGGAAUACACUCAAGCUAUGGUGAUUGCUAUCCGGCUCAAUGACCUGGAUCUUAUUAAUAGUGUUUCCAAUUCGACCAAAGAUCCCUCGUUAAAAAAGCAGAUGUCUUUCUUGAUUGGUCGCCAGAAGAGCUGGGUAAAUGUCAUGAGAGACAUAGAUUCUAAGAAAGACGCGAUGGAGAUGGAGGAGGCUGUUAGCAACGUCAAGUUGGCGGAGUACUUCAAGACUCUAGGUAAAGAGCUGAACAUUCUGGAGCCCAAGACCACUGAAGAUAUUUACAAGAGCCAUCUGGAAAGUAGCCGAGUUGCUGGUAUGACAAACUUGGACUCUGCACGGCACAACCUUGCCGCCGCUUUUGUCAAUGCUUUUGUCAAUGCCGGCUACGGCAACGACAAGAUGAUGCUCGUUGAUCAGGAUAAGGAGUCGUGGGUAUGGAAGACUAAAGAUGAGGGUAUGGUCUCUACCGUCGCAUCCCUCGGAACACUUCUCAUGUGGGACGUCGAGACAGGUCUGGACAAGAUAGAUAAGUUCACUUAUUCGUCUGAACCAUUGAUAGUUGCAGGUUCGAUGUUAGCUAUCGGCAUCAUGACCUCGGGCGUGCGUAUAGAUAGCGAACCCGGUCUGGCGCUGCUAGGCGACCCGGAAAAGCUCGAGAAUAAGCACCGACUUAUCCGAAUAACGGCCAUUAUGGGUCUUGGACUUUCCUACGCUGGAUCUCAUAAGGAAGAGGUGUUGGAACAUCUGAUUCCCAUUAUUAGCAAUCCCGACAACGACAUGCAGAUCGUGGCCAUGGCUGCUCUGUCUUGUGGUCUUAUCUGCGUCGGUUCCGCUAACCCUCUGGCGAUCGAGGAAAUAAUGGGUGUCUUGUUGGACGAUGAGCGCGGAAACGUUUUUUCGGACAAGUGGUUUAGAUUCCUAGCCCUUGGACUCGGGCUUCUCUUUUUCGGCCGUCAGGAGGAGGUCGAUGUUAUCUUAGAGACGCUAAAGGCAGUUUCCCAUCCCAUGGGUCGGCCAACAGCGAUCCUAUGUGAAGUCUGCGCCUGGGCUGGCACUGGAGCCGUACUGAAGAUUCAAGAACUGCUGCAUAUAUGUAACGAGCACUUUGAUGCCGAUUCCGGAGACAAGGGCUGUGAGGAAUUAUUGCAAAUGUACGCAGUCCUUGGAAUUGCGUUGGUAGCGAUGGGCGAGGAUGUCGGGCAAGAGAUGGUACUGCGACAAUUUGGACAUCUCAUGCAUUACGGCGAGGCCAACAUUCGGCGUGUCGUGCCGCUGGCUAUGGCUUUGAUUAGCCCUAGCAACCCACAAAUGAAGGUCUACGAUACACUAUCUCGGUAUAGUCACGAUAACGACAACGAUGUCGCGAUAAACGCAAUCUUCGCAAUGGGAUUACUCGGUGCUGGCACGAACAACGCAAGGUUGGCCCAACUUCUACGACAAUUGGCCAGCUACUACCACCGGGAUCAAGAAACCCUCUUUAUAGUCCGUAUCGCACAGGGUCUUUUGCACAUGGGCAAAGGCACCAUGACGCUUAACCCCUUCCACACGGAUCGGCAAAUUCUUUCGAGAGUAGCGACAUCCGGUCUGCUGGCUACUCUUGUCGCUAUGAUUGAUGCCAAGCAAUUUAUCACAUCUAACUCCCACUACCUCCUUUAUUACCUUAUCACGGCUAUGCAUCCUCGUUUCCUCGUCACUCUAGAUGAAGAUCUUAAGCCUUUGACAGUCAACGUCCGUGUUGGUCAAGCCGUCGAUGUUGUCGGCCAGGCAGGCCGACCCAAAACGAUCACUGGAUGGCAAACGCAGAGCACGCCCGUGCUUUUGGCGUACGGGGAGCGAGCAGAAUUAGAGGACGAGCAGUAUAUUAGUCUCAGCAGUACACUAGAAGGCCUUGUCAUCCUUCGCAAGAAUCCCGACUGGGAGGAUGGAAAGUAG